AUGUUUAAUAAAAAGGUAUGGACCCUUGUGUCCAUUAUCUUUAUGAUAAUAACAGUAAACACUGUUAUAUCAACUAAAGUUAACGACCAACCAACUAUCAAAUAUAAAAAUGUUCCAUCCGAAAUUCCAUUUUCUAUGGAUUCUAUGUUCCUUCAAUUAAUGUAUUCAUACACUGCAUAUUGCAUUCCUGAACAAAUUGUUAAUUGGACAUGUCCAUAUUGUAUUUAUAAUAGCUCUGUUACACCAUUAUUGGUUACCCAAUUAAUUGAUAAUGAUUCAACAAAUACUUUUGGGUUCAUAGGUAUUACCACCGAUAAAAAAUCAAUUGUUAUAUCAUUUAGGGGUACAGAGAUGGAGUCUUUGGAUAAUUGGAUUACAAAUUUAAAUUUCCCAAAAUCAGAACCAUAUCCAGGUUUCCCAGGUGCAUUGGUCCACAGUGGAUUUAAUAGAGCAUAUAGAAAUGUUAGAAAUAUUGUUCAUUCAGGUUUAAAUUUCACAUUAGGUGUAUGCCCAACAUGCGAAAAGUUAAUAAUAACAGGACAUUCUUUAGGUGGAGCAUUAGCAAUUAUGGCAGCAACAGAUAUUUAUGAAAGCCAAUUAACAACAUUACCAUUAGAAAUGUACACAUUCGGUUCACCAAGAGUUGGUGAUGUUGCAUUUGCCGAGUAUUUCGAAUCAACUGUAAUUACAAACUAUUGGAGAAUCGUUUAUGAUCACGAUUUAGUACCACAUUUACCACCAAUGCAAUUAAACUUCUACCAUUUACCAACUGAAGUUUGGUUUAAUAAUGCCUCAGAUCCUUCACAACAUAUCGUAUGCAAUCCAACUGGUGAGGACCCAUCCUGCUCCGAUUCUUUAAAAGUAGCUCUUAAUGUAUUUGAACAUCUUGCUUAUUUUGGAAUCAGUAAAGAUUUAUGUUAA